AUGACACGGGCAAUUAAAGAUUUUGCGCAGUGCCAACACACCAAGAACAUGGAAUCUUUUUUUCUCUUUCAUCGAUCGAUUCAUCCCUCUUUCGUUGUGAGCGAUGGGAAAUGCCAAAAUGACCCGGACGACACGAAAAGGUGGCACCAACGAGAACCGGACAAAUGGACGAUUGCAAUUCGACGAAGGAAGUCUUCAAAAAAACGAAACCUCGACGUGGAAGAGUCUCAUUUGUCAAGACGGCAAGAGGAAUAUGAUGCACAAAAACGUCCCGAGGUCCAACUGCUGAUCAAAAAAGGUCACACGCUCGCGCACGCGCACCCCUUUGAUCCGUCGCGGCGGUACCAAAUCCGAAAAGUGUACAAUCGAACUUUUCUUGGCAAGCGUGCCGGGAUUAAGGGGUCAAACGAAUUUUCCCACCUGCACACGGUCGACGUGAACCAAUUAGAAGAGCGUCAAGUUAUAUCACUUAUUAUUACUUCCCUUAUCCAGCCUAAUUUGUCUAGACCGACCAAAGGCUGUGUGUGCGUGCGUAAUCCGAUGUACGCAUGUGGUGGACAUCGUGUUAUCACACAUCAGUUCAUUGACACCUCAAUGAUGGAAUGUUUUCACCUUCUGACGAGCUUUUUCGAAUCAGCUCGUGCUGCAGAUAUCGAUGAUAAGAAAAACAAAGACGCACCCACGAGCAGCUCAAUGAGAAUGAAAGAAUUUUCGAAGCAUCGUUGGAACGAAUUAGACUCGCACCAAUAG